AUGCUCAAUGGGUCAAGCCCCCAGGCUGGCAAAAUUUGGAAGAAAGCCAAUAUGACCUUCCUAUUUGAUGGCAAGCAAAUGACAGAAACCUUCCUGGUAUGUAAUACCAGAACACACGCUGCUAUCUUAGGAAUCAAAUGGCUGGAACAACAUAACCCUGAAAUCAACUGGAACUCCCAAACCCUUUCCUUUCCCCACACUCUGCCAGAACAUAUUGCCAUUGCCAAGGAGGAGGAGGCCAACCAAGACCCCCUUGAAGGAGUCCCCCUCAAAUACCACCAAUACGCCAAGGUAUUUGGGGAAGAGGAAUUUAAUAAACUCCCUCCUCACCAGCAUUACAACAUUGGGAUAGAACUUACAGAAGAGGGCCCCCUGAAUUCCCCUCUCUACAGCAUGACCAACGCCAAAUCCGCUACACUCAGGGAUUGGCUAAGGGAUGAACUCAAGGCUGGGAAAAUCCGCCCCAGUAAAUCAUCAAUUAGUUCCCCUGUCAUGUUUGUUCCUAAAAAGGAUGGUUCCCAUUGCUUGGUAGUUGACUAUUGUUGCCUGAACAACUGGACUAAGAAAAAUGUCUACCCAUUACCUUGCCCAGACAACCUCAUGGCCCAGCUCUGUGGUGCCAAGGUCUUUACCAAACUGGAUCUACAAUGGGGUUACAACAAUGUCCAAGUCAAAGAAGGUGGCAAAUGGAAGACUGCAUUCCGCACCAAGUAUGGCUUAUAUGAGUCCCUGGUAAUGACAUUUGGCCUGACCAAUGCCCCUGCUGCCUUUCAGCACUUCAUGAACAAACUGUUCAAAGACCUUUUGGAUGUAUGCAUCAUCAUAUACCUUGAUGACAUCUUAAUCUACUCAGAAGAUGAUGCAACCCACACCCAACACAUCCAUGAAGUUCUAAAGUGCCUAUUGGAUAACCAAUUGUUCUGCAAGGCAUCAAAAUGCACCUUCCACGUUAUGUUGGUAGAAUACCUGGGAAUUGUUGUCUCAAAUAAGGGAUUCAGUCUGGAUAAGCUCAAAAUCCAGGCGGUCCAGGAAUGGCCAACACCAACUAGGGUCAAAGAAGUUCAGUCCUUCCUAGGUUUUGCUAAUUUCCUGCAACAAUUUGUUGCCAAUUUCAGCCACAUGGCACGUCCCUUGCAUAAUCUGGUUAAAAAGGAUACGCUGUGGAAAUGGGGUACAAAGGAACAAGAAGCUGUCGUAGACACAAUCGAUACCAGGGAAUUUAUUCCCAUUUUCUCGAAUUUAAACGAAGGCAAACGGACAAUAUUUUCAAUCACGUGA